AACAAAUUUUGAGCAUUUGAAAACAAAACUGAUGAAUCAAACAAAGUUCAAGAUCUGAAGCCCUCUCUCUCUCUCUCUCUUCACCUCCCCGUCCGCAAUCGGCAGUGGUAGUAUUUUUCAGUUCACUGAUAAUUCUCAAUUGUUUUUAAAGUAGCUGAAUUUCUGGAUGUAUUGAUUAUACAUAUGCAAUCAAUCCCGACGCCUCUUCAGUUGUGCGGAUAAAUGAAAUGAUAGCCGGCGAUGGGAUUGGGGGGAAACAAUCCCUCGCGAUCUCCACUGAGGUCGAUCGCGAAUCGGACGGCGGAGAUGACUUGUCUCAGUACUCAUCUUGCGGCGGCGAAUCGGAGUUCGAGAGGUACUGCAGCGCCAGCUCAGCAAUGGGGACCCCUAGCUUCCGAGGUAGCUCGUUCUACGAUUCUGAUUUCGGUUCCUUGAAAAGCUUCAAACUUGGCGGUGAGAUUUCUGAAUUUAAUAAGAUUCGCGAAUCGGAGUCGCGUCGUGGUGUGAUUGAUAACGGCGCGUUGAGUUUGAAUGAGAGAAUUGAGGGUUUUGUGAGUGGUGGUGUUGAUUUGGGGGGGAAUUUCGAUGCGGUUGGUGAUUGGGGGAAUGGGGCAGUGUCUGAGAGUGGGAUGAAAGGGAUUAGGGAUAGAAAUGUGCGAAUUGGGGGUGAAUUUGAUGAGACCGGAAAUGAAAGAAAGUUUAUCGAUGGUAAAGAAGGGUUGGGAAUUGAGGGAGGGGAGAAUAGGAACUUAUUGGAUGAAAGUGAAGCUUCGUCGAGGUGCGAGCAUUCGGAGGGUGAGGAUUCCAUGUUUGGAUGUGGUAGUGAUGAUGAGAGGAGGAUUGGUAUGUAUUACGAGAAGAAUGCGCGAUUUCGUGAUGAGGAAAGCGGGAUAAAGGAAAAUCGGUUGGUCAUGAAUUCUGCAGUGGCAUUUGGUUCUGAUGAUUGGGAUGAUUUUUUUCAUGAGAGGAAUGAGAAUACUAAUGGUUCCAUGGUCUGGGGUGAAUUUCAGGCUGAAAGCAAGACUGUUGCACCAAGUGGGAAUGGCUCUUCGAGUUUUUCUACUGCCAGUUCAGUUGCGUAUCCUAAUACGAUUCUCACUGUAAGGCAGGAAAGUGUUACGGGUAGUCCUGCAGUUUGCAAUCAAAUUGAAUCUUGUGAUAGGUCAUCAGAGGUUUAUGUGAAUGCUCAAUCCACUGUUACAUCGAAACUUAUUCAAUGUGAUGCUCGAUCUGAAGAUGCAAAACAAGUGGUUGCAUCAAGAAAUCAAGUGAGUGAGAUUGAUGAAUUGGAUGGAUAUCUUGGAAGUGUUGCUUCUGUUAAUGAUAUAUUUCAAACAAAGAAAAACCCACUGGAAAAGGCCUCAGCAAUCGAGGAGUUCAAGACUGAGUCAGAAAUAGAAAGCCAAAAUGUGACUACAAGAGAAGCCAUCUCCAUUCAUCAUGAUUUUGCAUCAGAAAGGACAAAUCAUGAGAACAAAAAUUUGGAGGUGAAGACACUUUGUGAUUCUGUAGUCACUCAGAAAGAUCUAGUGGCAGCGAAAGGUAAGGAAGAGAAGGAGACCAAAUCAUCUGAAGGAAGCAGUUCAUUUGCAUUUCCAUUGGUGGCUGAUACGAGAGGGGUUACUGCAGCUAAGAGUGACUUUUCUUCUGUGUUCGACCAAAUUGAAGAUCAUUUUGUUCCAGCUAAGAAAAGGGAUUUCGAGCUAAAUGAAUUCUAUGAUGAAUUUGUUAAUGAUAUGGAAGAUAUACUACUUGAUUCAACUGAGUCUCCUGUAUCUAGAUUAGCCUAUAGCACUAGGAUAAGUCACCCCCAAUUUCAUCGGCCUUCGAGAGAUGGAGGCUCUAAUGCAUCUACAUCUGGCACAGAUCAUGCUCAUAAUUCGAUUAAUCCAUCUCUCAAAAUUGAUAGGGUUGAGGUAGUAGGUGCUAGGCAAAGAAAGGGAGAUGUUUCAUUCACCGAACGGCUGGUUGGGGUCCAGAAAUACACCGUAUAUAAAAUGAAAGUGUGGAGUGGGGAAGACCAAUGGGAGGUAGAACGUCGUUAUCGCGACUUUUACACACUCUAUCACCGGCUGAAGAAACUAUUUUCUGACAAUGGGUGGACUCUUCCUCCGUGCUGGUCUUCUGCUGAAAGAGAAUCGCAAAAGGUGUUUGGUAACGCUUCUCCGGAUGUCAUUGCAGUGAGGAGUGUUCUUAUCCAGGAAUGUUUACAGUCCAUUAUCCUCCAAAGAUUUCCCGCCAAUUCUCUCAACGCUGUCACUAGCUUUCUCUCCUCGACGGAGAUGAUGCCUAGCUCUCCUGUAUCUGAUACUGGCAUAUCUCAAUCAGCUCUCGCCAAUAAAGGAACACAGGAAAAUGAUUUUUCCAGCUUGGGGAAAACCAUCUCACUCUUUGUUCAGAUACGCCCUUUGAAAUCUGUGAAACGGAUGCUAGAUGAGCAACACUACAGGUGUGCAGGAUGCCACAGAAACUUUGAGGAUGGUAGAACAAGGUUGAAGGAACUUGUACAGGCACUAGGCUGGGGCAAACCUCGUCUUUGUGAAUAUAGUGGCCAGUUAUUCUGCUCUUCAUGCCAUACCAAUGAUACUGCUGUAUUGCCUGCCAGAGUUCUUCAUCAUUGGGACUUUACUCGAUACCCUGUAUCUCAGCUGGCUAAAUCAUUUCUAGAUUCUAUUCAUGACCAGCCAAUGCUAUGCGUCAGUGCUGUGAAUCCCUUCUUAUUUUCUAAAGUCCCGACAUUACAGCAUGUGGCUAAUGUCCGAAACAGAAUAAGAGCGGUGUUGCCAUAUGUUCGCUGCCAGUACCGUGGAUCCAUCCAUAAAGGUCUUGGAUCCCGGAGAUAUCUUCUUGACAGCAAUGAUUUCUUCGCUCUGAAAGACCUCAUUGAUCUGUCCAAAGGAGUUUUCUCAGCAUUACCAGUGAUGGUUGAAACAGUCUCUCGAAAAAUUCAAGAACAUAUAACUGACCAGUGCCUUAUAUGCUAUGAUGUUGGGGUUCCCUGUGGCGCUCGUCAAGACUGUCAAGAUCCCGUUGCUCUCAUUUUCCCUUUCCAGGAAGGAGAGGUCGAAAAGUGCAGAACCUGUGAACUGGUUUUCCACAAGAACUGCUUCAAGAAACUAGCUAGUUGUCCUUGUGGCGCUCGUUUUAAGAAAGAGGAGACGAAGAGAAGUUCUAGCGAGAGCACCCGUGGCGUGGAUAGCAAUUUGGUUUCACUGGCCGUAACAGCUGAACCUAGUUCUGGAAUUCUCGCUGGCCUCUUCUCUAAGGUAAUGCCAGCCAGGUCUCAGAUCUUUAGAAAACGAGAGGCAGAGGGCGUCGGCAAUGUUAUCCCGAUGGGUUCGUUGCCCAGCACCUCCCUCGAGUUUUGAUUGAGAUGGCUGUUCGAUCAAAUAUUGUAUACAAGUUUUGCGAAGAUACUCUGCAUUUAAGCUUGAUUCUUCACAUUCUUCUUUCACACAAUUGUGUUACUGUGUGUAUUUUUUUUGUAAAAUAAGUUUUAGAAUAGAGCAUUCAUGUGGCUAUUGAUUUGAUCUGUAUAUACAAUUACAGUGUUAAAAUUGUAAACAAGCGUUGAAGUACAUUUAGAAUGGAGCAUUUCCAAUAAAAAUAUGAGUUAUUGGUAA